AUGCACAAUAACAACACUGAUGACACUGAUACCUACAGUUAUCCAUGGCUAAAUCCAAGUACCAUCGAGACACAGGAUCAGGGUAGAGACACAACGACCCAGAUGAGCUAUCUGAACGCCAGGAAAUUUGUAAUCUGUCACGUCAUUUUAAUUAUUAUGCCGACAGCAAUUCUACCAAAUAUAGAUCUGCACCCGACUUUUGCCCUAUUUUGGAAGUACAAGCCCACAUUUGUUAUUCUUGUAACUCAUAGGACCCCCAUGUCUUACAUUGACGAUUUGAAACUAUUUAAAAUUAAUUUUCCAACCAAGUUUAUCCAUGCAGAUUGGCAUAAUGAAGAGUGGCGAUUGAGCAUGCUAAGUAUGACUUCUGCACACCACAUAGAUCUCCCAGCAUUAGGAUCAACAACGAAAACUGGACUGGAACACGUGUGGUAUACUGCGAAUAAAAAUAUGAAUCAACGCUACAUACAAAGCAGAGGAAACGGAUGGACCAAGUUUUUCUCAGGGAGAAAUUUACCACAAGAUAUUGGUUGUGGUAAUUAUGCGGACGUUACGAAGCCUUGGUACUAUCAAAGGUGGAACCAUUGCACACUGGUAGAGUUGCAGAUAAGAUUAAAUGCCAGUGUAUCAACCCCACCUGCCGAGGGGGUCGAAGCUUACGGCGAGUUCGACAGCGACUUCGUCGGUAUCGGCAACUUUGACCUGUUUGAGUGGCCAGCUUACGCCAUCCUGUUCAAUUCUUAUAAUUACAUCAUUGUUGAGGAGAUAGAUUUGAUGCUGAUUUUCUCAAAACCGUUUGACGGGAUAACAUGGACAAUUAUCUUAGCAUCUAUUCCCCUACUUGCAGGAACGUUAACAGGUGUGCUAGAACUACUGGUAAAAUCGGAGAAGGGUGCCUUAGAUCCCCCUGAAACAGCAGAUAUCUUCAAGACUUGGGUAUUCUAUUUGUUGGGUACCCUAUUAGAGCAGGGCAUGACUUUCAGGAAGGUUCUAGGUACGGGUAAAAAAAUAUUACCCGUCGGUAAAUCAGCCUCUGCUAUUAUGAGUAUCACCUGGAUACUACUGCUGACUAUUGUAAUCAACGGCUAUAAAGGCGUCCUGAUGACCAAUCUUACGUCGAUGUCCGUCCCUGCCCUUUUUCCUGAUCUGGCUUCCUUGGCAAUAUCUCCGCUGGAAGUUUUUUCAAUGUCAUAUAUGGCGAACGGUAAUAAAUCUGUAAGCGUUUUGAUUCUCCAGCUAGAAAAACUUGCCGAAGGUAAUAAGGAGUAUGAACACCUGGUCGAGAGAAUGCAUGUGAUUCGGCAUGACCAAAACCAAAACCCAAUAAAAUUUGUGCUUGACGCGUCUCAAAUCGCGACCAACGAGGGGAAGUUGUCCAUUCCGAGAAGUUUUGUCCUGAUUGGUGCCACGUGGCAGUUGGAUGUUGUAUAUGGGGGCCUCCUAUUUCGGGGGUUCAGUGACCGAAUUAUCCAAAAAAGUCCAUCUUUCGUCGAGUUCAAGAGUCGGAAUUGCUUACGAAUCAGGAAACAGUUUUCACAGCAAGUGAUUUCCCCGAUUAUUGCGGCAUUAUAUGAGUCAGGUAUAUUCGAAUGGUGGCAUGACAAUUAUGAUAAGCAUUAUUUUCAUGACGACUUGAAAAAAGGGAUAGGACUAUUUAAAGAAGAUUUGUCGAGGGAUAUUCCACUCGCUAGUGUAGACUACAUUUUGCAUGGACAAGAUCCGCGCCGAAGGAAGAACGGGGUCAAACGUUUCUCUCUGAUUGAUUUGAUUACCGUGUUUGCCUUGUUUGGAGUAUUGACCAUUUCAUCUUUGAUUAUUUUUUUCGGAGAAGUCGUGUUUAAGAUCAGAGUUAUGGGGAAUAAGAAAUAA